GCACCAUUGGUGGAGAGCCAAUGGCGCGUCAAGUCGUAAUCUACGGUUCGAGCAAACAUCACAGGGCCGUUAUCUCCCCGUUGUUUUCCUCGUGUUUUUAAUUUUCAUCGCGGACGGGCAGUCGUCGCUACCUCGAGGCGAGGCAUAGAGCUUAGGCCCCGAAGGAACGGAACGGACAAAGGAACACCGUCUUCGGGUCGGUCCGAGGGCUGCGAAGGUCCUCAGGAUGAAUCUGUCGUUCGCCGGAUGUGGUUUCCUCGGCAUCUACCACGUAGGCGUAGCCGUCUGUUUCAAGAAGUACGCUCCGCACUUGCUGCUCGAUAAGAUCAGCGGUGCCUCGGCUGGAGCUAUCGCCGCCUGUUGCCUCCUUUGCGACUUACCCCUCGGAGAGAUCACCAGCAACGUCCUGCACCUGGCCCGAGAGGCUCGCCAGAGAGCUUUGGGCCCCUUCAGUCCGUCCUUCAACGUCCAAGACAUCCUCCUACAGAAUUUGCAACACUUCUUACCGGCCGACGCCCAUCUUCGGGUCAACGGGAAGCUGCACAUCUCUUUGACUCGGGUUUACGAUGGAAAGAACGUGAUCGUCUCGCGGUUCACCUCCAAGGAGGACCUGCUGCAGGCCCUGUUGGCCAGUUCGUUUAUUCCGCUCUUCUCGGGCCUACUGCCGCCAAAGUAUCACGGAGUGAGAUACAUGGAUGGCGGGUUCAGCGACAAUCUCCCGAUCCUGGACGAGAACACCAUCACGAUCAAUCCGUUUUGCGGAGAAAGCGACAUAUGCCCCAGAGACACGUCGUCGCAACUCUUUCACGUGAGUCACGACCUCGUACUUUACCUUCGAAGCGUCGUUUCCGCCACGAUCCCUUCCGCGUCGAUCGCUUCCUUCCAGGUGAACGUGUCCAAUACGAGCAUAGAACUCUCCCGGCAGAACAUCUACAGGUUCGCGAGGAUACUUUUCCCACCGAAUCCAGAGAUGCUCUCGAACAUGUGCAAGCAAGGCUUCGACGAUGCCUUGAGGUUUCUCAAUCGUAACAACCUCAUUAACUGCACCCGAUGUCUGGCCGUUCAGUCCACGUUCGUCGUCUCGGAGACUCUCGACGACACGAUGGAAUACGAUCCCGAGUGUUUGGAGUGUAAAUUGCACAGACAGGAGGCAAUGGUGGCCAAUCUGCCGGAGACCGUGAUGACGAUAUUCCAGGAUGCCAUCGAUUCGGCUAACAAGGGCAUCGUCAACUGGCUGUUCAAGCACAAAAGUGUCAAGUUGCUGUCGUUGCUGAGCCUUCCUUACAUCUUGCCGGCAGACGUGGUGUACGCGACCUUUACAAAGUUUGUCUUCAACGCUCCGAAACUUGGAAACGGCAUCCUGGAAAUGACCAGGUACUUCUUGAAACGAGUGUCGACUGUCUUCCCUGGCGUCAACGUGUAUUAUCAGCCGGUGCCGCAGACCAUUAAAUGCCAAGUAGCCAUUACCGAAUACGAUUCAGAGUCCGGAGAUGUAAACGGCAGGAAGCAGCAGACGAAUCUUAACCUGACGUUGCAGUACAACGACUCGCGACAGUCGAACUGCAUAAUCAACAUGUCGGACAUGGGUCCGGUCGACGACACGUUCGAGAACAUCCUCCAGAUUACGGCCGACCAAGAGGCGCUCAUGGCUUAUUACUACAUGGACGAGAACAACAAGGUGCAGGUUACGGAAAUAUUUGACGUCACCGACGCGGACAAACACGCGGUGCUUUCUCCGGCGGAAGUCGAGACGAACGGGAGACUCGAGUUCGACGAGUGGGACGAGCCUUCCUGGUUGUCGCAGCAUACUCUAACCGAUGUGUUUGCAGUUCCGGAGCACGCGAGCUCGAGCCAGAUAGGUAUCGAGGAGAUGUCGGAUGCGUCUCUGGAGGACGACGUCGGGGACGGUUCCAACAUCUUUUCGGACCCGGAGAGCGAGUGGGGCAUGGAGAAGACCGAGCUGGACGAGAGGGAGUCGGAAACGUCGCCCCUCGGGGAUCCGUCCGACAGCCGGCCAGAAGUGGACCAGCCUUCGGACUCGAACGAGUCGCCAAGAGACUGCUGAGAUCCGCGAUCUUCCUUGCCACUCGGACUCGGAGGGGACUCUCCCUCGCCGACUACGGUCAAGGGCGGUCCGACUUAAUAUCCUUUGGGUAUCCAAAAAAAGGAAGAGGCGUAAUCGCCCUCGCGUCGCAAAUCGAUAGGGGUAACCGAUUAACCUUGACGGUACAACCAAGGUUUCUUUCCUUCUUUCCUUCUUUCCUUUUUUUCCUUUUAACGAACGAAAGUUUCUUUAUGCGAAGCGAUCGCGGCGGUAUCGCAAACGCGACAUCGUUUUGAGUGAUCGUCUCUGUCGAUUCGCCCCCUCGUCAGGGACAAUUGCGUACGAAGACGCGUCGAAUAUUUAUUUCAAUUCCGUUACGACGGGGGAGCCUUUCUUCCCCGGGCUGUUUUCUUUCGUCUUUUCUUUCUAUACGAACGCGAUCGCGUAACUAGUCAUUUUAAGCAUCGCACCGUUUCUAAACAAUGACGGGCAGAAUUGCAUGCAGCUGGUUCUGAGUGCCACCUGCCGAAUUACCUCGAGCGGGUGUAAAAGAAAAGAUGGACGGGACCGCGAA